GCGCAUGGCAGCUCGCGCCAGACAGCGCCGCAGCUGAAUCAAAACAGCGGAGCCGGCCGGCGAGGGCGCUAGUCGGAUGUAGGAGGCGAAGGGGUGUGAACGGUCUCGAAAUGUGAAGAAAGAAGUGGAGACUGGUGGAACUUUGGCUGUGAAGUGUGAUUGAUUGUGUGAGAGCGAAGAUGCCGCAUAAUCGUCGCCACCAAGCCCCAGUGGUUGCUGGUCAACAGAGACUGGACCCAGCCGCCAUUGAAAACCAAAACUACGAAUCGGUACUUUGCAGUGUGCCGAACGGCUGUCUGGCUCCUGAUGUUGUCUUGAACCCUCAAGACAAGGAUGGGGUCAGCAAGGUGCUCUGUAACAACGAACAAUGUCCCUUUUCGGGCUACAUGCACCGGCAGUGUUUUGACAACUGGGAAGAUGGUGUGCUGACAUACCUCAAAUCCUGUGGACGCGCUAGGUCGUGGUCUGAGAAGCAACGGCACCAAAACUUGUGGACUAAAAAAGGGUAUGAUCUGGCUUUCAAGGCUUGUGGGUGUCGUUGUGGCAGGGGGCAUUUGAAGAAAGAUCUCGACUGGACCAACUCUUCGAAGACAAAUGACGAGGACAACACCAAGAGGAGGAAGAAGCAUAACAAGAGCACGAAGCCCGUGCUGACCCUCACCAUUCAGACGCCGGCCAUCGGCUGUCACGGCAGGUCACGCGCGAACAGCCUGGGGUCGACGGGAUCAUCUCCCCCGUCCUCGGGCUGCGAGUCUCCUCACAGCCCUCAGCACUACCAGUCUGUGCGAAAACGGUCCAACCCAAAGAACGAGUUCUUAACGGAACGCCUUAGGCACAAUUCUGGAGGCAAUGGAAUUUUCGCCCGCAGGACGGACUUCAGUUCCUUCAACAUUCUACCGAAACACAAAAUCAACUCCUAUCAUAUCAAGAUGGAGGACGAGGGCUCGCAGGGGAACGACGACACGCGCUGUUUCCUGCUGUCGUCACUGGCGUCGGCGCGCAUGUGCCGCACCUUCUGCGUGGUCUGUGGCGACGCGCUGACAGUGUACGACCGCUACCCCAUCAUCGACGGCACGUUCUUCAUCGGGCCGCGCCAGCACUCGCGCGCCUCCGUCCAGGUGCGGUACGACAACCGUGUGCAGUACCUGUCGGCCGUGUGCAUGGGCUGUCUGGAGGGCUGGACGGUGCGGCUGCGCUGCCGCCGCUGCCACCAGCCCUGGGACGGAUCCCACCUCAUCCUGGGUACCAUGUACACGUUCGACAUCUUCGCCGCCACGCCGUGCUGCUCCGAGAGGCUGAAGUGUAACGAGUGCGACAGCCCGGUGAUCGCGCCUGACCAGCGGCUCAACUUCUACUCCGACUACAGCCACAUGGUCAGCUGUCCGUUCUGCACGGCCCUGGAGAACCACUUCGUCAAGGCGCUCUCCUUCUACCAGCGCGUGCCGCCGACAGCGUAAUGUUGGCCCUACCACUAGGCGGCAAUGGGUGGGGACGGGGACUCGAGUCCCGGCCAGGUGGCUCACUGGACCGGUGGGGCGGCCCGCGGCGGCCGGCGGCCGACCGAGCAGGCGCCGCCCGCCGACCGAGCAGGCGCCGCCCGCCGCCCGGCGCGCCGCCCGCCACAGACACCACCUGACCUGACCUGACCGGCGGUUUUCUAUGUUUUGAUACCUAGUGUAGCAGCGUCGCGGGCGCCGGCGCGGACCGGCCCGGCGGCGCGGGUCUGUCUGAUCCCUCUCCAGCCGGCCACCCGCUCGGGACUCACUAGAUGAUUUUGGUUUAGCCUGUGUUUGCCUAGUCUCGCGUUAUGUUUGCGUUUGCCGUUUGCGUUGGGUGAGCCAGCUGAAAGUGAGGGCGCUCAGAGCUGACCGUGCCCAGGGCCAGUAUUUUUGUACAUAGGGCGCUUGUUCGUGUGUGUGUGUGUGUGUGGCUUACCGGGGGAGCGGGGAGGGAGGGGUACUUUUCUACCGACUACAUUGUAGGCUGAGUGGCGCGUCGGACGCUGUCGGACGCCGGUCCCUCGGCGGGCCAUACUGGCUGUCUGACAGAGCCGGCGGCCGCCGAGGGGCUGUGCUAACCGCCCACCGCAGUCCGGCCACUGCCGCCGAGUCUCAACAGGCGCCCACCCCACCAGCGACCCCGCCUCUGACCCCACCGGCUGACCGCCGCGAAGGCUUGUGCACUGCGCCGUCCACCUGGCCGGUAACCCCACCACCCUUCUUGUUUAUCCCGUCUCCGCCGUGUCUCAGUUUCUCUAGCUCUUAUCCUUUGUUCCGCCCUUUCCCAUGUCCCUGUCGCCUGCUCUCGUCCCUUGUCGAGCGUCACCUUGUACCCUGUUCUCUAGCCCUAGCCCUCGUCUCUGCGCUUUUUUCUUUUCGCCUGUCUCCUGUCCCCUGUCCUGUCUGCUGGCGUCGGCACCGGGCCGGCACCCAGUACAAAUACCGUGUGAGGAGAGGACGGCGUGCGCUGACCGGCUGUGACGCCGGCCGCCGACCAGAGCCGGCGGCCGGCCCGCCGUCCGGUGCCGCCGCCCGCGCCCGGCCGCGCCACUGAGGACCCACCGGCCGCGGCGCCGGGCGCGGGCCCAGCAGACGGGACAGACUCCACUCCAGUCCAGUCCAGUCCCGGCCAUCAGAUCUCGACCCGUCCGACAGCAUCUGGUCCCCAGAGGCCCCUGUCCACCGUCCGACCUGACAGACCGCCGACAGGCCUGUCAGCGACUGUCACCUACCGUCACCUGUCGCUGGCGAACUGCACCGACCGCCGCACCUGACCAAACUCCCACCGUCCCAUGCCACCCCCGCCCCGCCGAACUCGACGUAUCAGCUGUGUCUGAGCGGCAGGCUGCGCAUCGCCAGUCGGGCCAUUCCCGCAUGAGAACACUGUCUGACUGAGUGCUCCACCUUGUGUCUUGUGUGAGUGCGCGUGGCUGGUUCCCGCUUGUCUGUGUAUCUGUGUUUGGUACAGAGUGGGUGGACCUCGCCUGGUGUGUGCCGCCUGUCCGCCUCGCUGUGACAGUUUAGCUCGUACUGCUCUGUUCGUCAUCUCUGUGUUCAGUGUCCCGAUGGGUGUUGUGUUGCUUAUAAUCACGUGGCUGUAUGUAGUGUAAUUUCGUCGUGGUGUAAUGCAUAACAUGUCCAUAUUCGUGUAUUGUGUGUUUGCCGUCAAUCGCCUGUGUUUUGCGUAGUGUAUUUCGUCCGUGCUGAUAUGUAUCAAGCGCUGUGCCUCGCCGCGCGCCUAUGCAGCCUCCAGUGACAAUGUGCCCUGUGCUGAAUCGACGUUGUGUGCCUUGUCCCGUUCACCAUAGCGUUCCACAGUGUGAGUGUGACGUAACCGUACCUGAUAGGUGUAAGGGUGCGGCGGGCCGCGCACUACGUGUUGCUGUGUCCUGACGUACCUGACGGCGGGCCGGCGGAGGGCGGGGGCGGGCGGGCGGCGCCUCCGGCCGCCCCCGCCCACAGAGCCGGCCGGCCCGCCCGGUGGCGGCUGUGAGUAGCCGGUAAGGUAGUGCGCGGAGACGCCAUCGACGACCGGGGAUGGGCGCGGCGGCCUGGCGAAACGUCUUUCUACCCUUGCUGUGUGCGUGCGAUAUGGGAGCGGGUGUGUGGGUGUAAAUAGAACAGCAGGCGUGGUCUUGUGCACGCCGAUCUUCCACGCCGCCGCCCCCGUCCCCGAUCACGAUAUUAGAUCGGUAAAAAAUAACAAAAAAAAAAAGAGAAAUAAUAAUCCAGGCAAAUUAAUGAAUGGAAAGCUGUGCAUGCGUCCGUAUUUUUGUAUAACAAAUGACACGAUAACAGGGAAUGUUGAAAACCUCUGCCGCAGUGCGAAUCGCCUCGGCAGUUAAGAAUAAAAAAAUAAACCCAUAACAUGACGACACAAAAAAUCCAGCACUUCUUCUCAUCAAGCAAGAAGCCGUGUAUGUAUGAGUUACUCUAGUUCACAAACAGGGAACAGAUUUUAGUCAGAAAUUCUAAUCUGGCCGCUCGCUGUGGAGUGGUGGCCUAGUCUCCCCGUCUGGCGGUACCUUCUUUCCGGCCUUCGGGACGUUGUCGUGGAGAGUGUCAGAAGAGCGUCUGUGGUGCGUCCUGAGAUCGCCUUCGACCUCGCCGGCCGGCGGCGCCCGGGCGGAGUCCGCGCGGACGCCGCCGCGCCGGCCGGUCGGACUGAUGCCGCGUGCCUCCGAGGUGACCGUUCGGAGUCGGGCCGCCUGCCGCGCCUACCGCCGGCAGCCGGCCCGACGUGUCGUCCAGUCGCCCGAAAUUGCCGUACUCUCGACUGAUGUGCCUCUGAUCAGGAGUGUCCUGUGACCGGCCCCGGCAGCCCGUCCACUCCGGGAAGUCACCUGCCGGGUGCCCUAGUACAACACGCUGUCAUGCUGCAAGUGUUUGGUGUCCCCGAUUCUGAGAUAGCGCCGCCGGCGGCCGCUGAUACGGGGCCGGCGCGCGCGCCUGUACAUAAGUCCAGCUGAGAGCGCCGGCCGGCGGCCCGCGCUGUCGUGGCGGCUAAUGUGUAAGCGAGAGAGCGCGUCCGGCGCCGUGGGGGGAGCAGGUCCCGCUGACGGGGACGGAGAGUGAGUACAACAUCCUGAAGCAGUACAAGUGGUGAGCGGAGCCCGCCGGCCGGCGCCGGUAACAAUAGUGCUAGUCUAGUCGGCCGGGCGCGUCCCGGCCGCACCACGUGACCGCCAGCCCGUCCGGCCAGCGUUCCACGGGCGCUGUCACGUGACCCGGGCCGAGGCCGUGACGAUGGCGGCGAACUCGAUACUCGAGAUUUGUCAAUUCCAGUCGCACCAGCUCCAUGGGCUGCCUUGACUUCCAAUGAGGAACGUUCUCUUUGAAAAUCAAGACAUCGUAUGGAAACCGACACGUGAUAUCUCCUCCCGGCAAGAUCGAUUGAUUAAGGCCCAUAAAAAGCUACUUCUCAUUCUGGGGAAAAGGCCACCCUACUCAUAAUCCAAGCCAUCUCGAUUGAAAUCAGGACAGUAAGGGUUACCAAGUGGUCUGUUCUUUUUCUCAUUUCGGAACGUGUACAGUGGUCGCUUUUGAGUGAGCAGAAAAAGACAAAUCAGUCAAACACUUCACCAAGCUUCGAAACUUUAGGGCCAGUGUAACUAUAUGAUGUUUGUUCGAGAGUGCUUGUUUCGGUUUGGUUGAAGAGCGCUUGUUUCAGUUUGCUUCAGAGGGAUUCUCGUCUAUUUGUGUGUGCGGCCGUCCCGGUUGAACAUCCGGGGUCGCUGCGUCCAUUUCUGGCCUCGAGAGUCUCCAGUGCAGCGCUGACCGUGGGUCGUCAUGGCAACGCCGCCAAGGCUAUCGAUUCGGGCCGCUCAUGGUCGGCGGCCGCGUGGGCCGGUCGAACUCCCUCGGGCUGCUCGGCUCCCGGCUCUCCCGCCGCCGGGUGAGCCGAGAGGGUUGGACCGGCACCCGCCGCGCCGGCCUGCAACCACUUCGCUAUCAUUGGGGGCGGCCUGCACCCACGCGCUGACACUGGGGGCGGCCUGCACCCACCGUGCUGCCCGUCGGGCGCGGCCGACACCGUUCAGGCCUGUCGCUGCCGCCCGCACCCGGCGGGAGCCUCGUCCCCGAGACGGACUGUUACCAAAUGGGGCGCUCCGGCCGUGGGCUGGCCCUGGCGUGCUGUAGCUGAGUAUGGCCGUGCUGUCGCCACGGUCGGUGAACGUGAGGUCUCUGUGUGCCGUGUAUGUGGUCGUGUGUAAGCGAGGAAAGCAGGCCGGUUGGCGCGCGCUGACCGCUCUCGAGCGGAGCGCGCUCGACGUGCGGCGACCGGCGCGCGGCUGGUCACUAGCCAUACAUACGUGUAGCGAGGAGAGGAGAGGGCGAGGGUGAGCCUUGUGGCCGCCCCAAGUCGGGCUGUGAGCGGUAGGGUGUAGUAGGCGCGGCCGCCGGUGGCCUGACCCCGGCUGGCUCGCGGUGGGGGGUUGUGAGGGGUGUUCUGAGGGAGGGCAGGGUAGGGUCUCGGCGCUGCGGCGGCGGUGGCGUGUGCGGCUCGGCGGUCUCCGGCUGCCCUGCCCCCGCCCAGCCGCCGCCGCUGCGCCGACGCCGGUCAGUUUCCGUUUGUAUCGGCCUGCGUUCAGGUGAUGUCACCCGUCAGCCGUGUUUGUUUCCUGACCUCAGCCGUGUGAGUGUCCUUAGUGAAUGUCCUGUCCUGUCUAAUGUGCCGUCUCGAGCGGCCGGUGCCGGCUGUGAUUAGUGUUAAGAAGUGGCGCCCGGUGGGGACACAAUGUCUCUUGUCUGGUGGGGUUGUGGUUGUGGCGGCUUGUCUCCGAAAUGCGCCUGUCCAAUUCGAACGGCUAUAAUCUGCUGUAAGGCUGUAGUGUGGUGUUUCGCUUUGCGCUCGCGGUGUGUGUGUGCGUGUGAAUGUGCUGGGCUGUGACAGUCGGCGGUUAGCCCUGUGGGGCGCCGGCCGUUGUCAUCGCUAACCGCUGACACCGUUCGUCGUAAGAUAUAAUCCAAUGGUGCAUUUCCACGCCCGUUGGGGCUUCUCGUCUCGUGGCCCGCAAUGACGUCCCUGCUGGCCUGAUCCUCAUUUUCCGCGUUCGGUGCUCCGCUGGCCAGCCGCAUACCAUCCAGAUCUGAAGUCGGGCCGCCCGAAAGACGCCAGUGGUUUCAUUAAUUCCUCAGGUUUGCUUAGUUCUCCGUUUGGAAAUGAUCUCCUUCGUGUCGUUCUCUGGCCUGACUUCAAAUCUCGAUGUCAGUUACCGGUGCAGAUCCGUUUUCGUGCGAUAGUUGGUGCCGGCGAAACCCGGAUUUGUUCUCAGUUACCCUAGGUAUGUUCCGGUGCACUCUUGCGGUACGCUGGGAUGGGACGCAGCUGUAGUGCUCGGUACACCUCGCUCCGCCUCGCUUCAUCCCCCUUCCCCCGAAAAAUCACCGUCUUCCCCGUAGUGUGUAGUUGGGACACGUGCAUUUCUUGCUUCCGUACCUGCGCGUGGCUGACUUGCGGCGGCGCUGUGCUUCCACGCUGAACUGUGCCUGCGCCGCAUUGGAGGGCUGUGGCAGCGCCGCUCUGGAGAGCUGCGCGAGCGCUGCAUUGAAGGGCUGUGACGAUGGCGGAUCGCGGGCCGCUCGAUGUCACAGAAAUACCUCACAGAGCCCUGACUCCUCACCACUAACACCUUGCACUAAUCCCAGCUUUUCUGUCGCGCAAAUAGACCGCGUCUGCCUUUUCUCUCUCAGCUGGUUUGUGAGGUAUUUCUGUGUUCAUGCCUUAUGCCGUCGGCGGCCCGCGCUCCGCCUUUGGAGGGGUGACUUGAUGGGAAGGGAGGCAUCAUUUGGCUGUGGCCUGGCGCAGGCCGCUCGGCCGACCAGGACACGCAAAGUGCGCCUGUCUGAGGAAGGUUUGGUCGAGGGUACCGUGUGUGUGACUGGGGGAGUGUGACUGGGAGCUGGGAG